CUCCCGAACGGAGAGACACAAAGGACAAUCGGAGGAACACGCUUGCUUUCGGAUAGACAGAAGGUGCAACAGUGUCAACAAGCAGCAGGAGGUUCACGAACGAAGAGACACAAUUAGAUGACCAUCGAAGGGAUACGCGAAGGAAGGAAUUGAUCAAGGCGUUUGCCCACACUCUCCGCGCUCUCUUACCGCCACGCUGACCAACAGGGGCAACAAGAACGCCAUCAACCUUCAGGUGCUGUUGAGACAUCAGUGGCGACCAGCGAAGGAGCACUGCAAAGGCCGUUUCAAGCAUCAUUUUCACGAACAUGAAAACGCAGCUUCGUUCAACCGAAGAGUUCGCCGGAAAGCCUGAAUCUCACCACCCCCGCCGGAACGAGGAACAGUCUCUGCCUCCACGCCUGGAAAACCUCCUGACUGAAACGGUCAGCCCUGCGAGAUGGUGGGCUCUGGAGCUACGCCGUGUUUGGUCGCUCUUGUUCGUUGGAGUGGUGGUCAUUCUUCUGACUCUGGCGACGACGGGUGGUAGACACACAGGUUUUGAUGCUCCUGCAGAUGUGGGGCGUGACCGCGCAUCCUUGUCGCAAACCUUUAGCCAUGGAGAGCGAAGGGUCACCGACGUUCAAGAAGUUCGUGUCAACUUUGCUUCAGGCAACCCCUCCGAUUCUCCAGAUGUGGCCUCCCAACCCUCAACCACCGUCUCCAACUCUUCAACAGCGAUUCUCCCUAAAACCCACGUCAGCGAUGUGUUUCGGCUAGUGUUCGUCGCUGGUUUGGAAGGAACUGGACACCACUACGUCAUGUGGGCCAACGCGUCUCUGUUUGGUGACAACAUGAACCUUCCUCGCCGUUACGGCCACGGCAAGGAAAUAUAUGAGUAUUACGCUCCUCUGAAGAUGGGUCAAAACGUCAAGCAGUUUACCAUGUCGAGUCACAACGCCGUGGAAAACAUGCGGCGUUUGGCGGAGUGGGCAGCCAAUUUAUCAUCGCCAGGGGCACUUGAAUUCUUCUCGAUUCCGUGCUCGUAUCCGGUCAACUCCGGUCCGUUAAAAGUGAUGCAGUACAUGGACUUGGGAAUGAUAGCUGAAACUGCAGAGGGCGCAGGCAUCGAUUUUCGGGUAUUGUACCUGCGCCGGUCCGCAAAGGAAGUGGUCAUCGCCAACACUGUUCAUCGCAAGUUCCACCUCCUAAUGGGUGAUGACGAAGAAACUGUGGGUCAAGAAAGGCUUUUCUUGAAGUACAUGAGGGUGCUCUUCACCGACAUAGCUGUGCUACACUCCUUCCUGGGCGAGAUUGGACCGGAGUUUGUUGUGUGUCAUGACUGGGAUCGUUUAGGAGACAAGGAGCAGGCAUCCACAAUUGCUAGCUUCAUCUCUCCGAACGAUGAAAUUGCCAGCUUGGUGGAGUCAUCGCUGGUUCAGACGGCUAAGAAAUCGUCGAGGACCGACCCGCUGCCGUUUGAGGACGCGUACGCCGUAGUUUUGCGCCUUCAGCGCAAGCUGGACGCGUUUGAACACCUCUACUGCGGCUGAACUGCCUGUUCCAUGUCGCUGUCCCGGCGGUCCAUGGGGAUUAGUUUCAACGGUCGGCGCUUGGUUGCGUUUGUUUGCUCGACCUACUCACGAACGUGCUUGUAGUGGCUCCUGGUUUGUCCGCGCAUGUUCGACGGAUAAAUGAAGGGCUUGGAAUGCCCGCGGGGAUAUUUGUUGUGAUGUAGGGAGGCUUCAAACAAGUGCAAUGUAGCCAAGGACAUUUCGAACACCUAGCACACUGGUGAAAUUCUUUACAAAAACAAUGCACAAUACUGCAGAGCGAAGGUGACAUUUGAACGCCAACACGCCGUCAUCAGGUCAGUCAACCAACACAAGAACAUUGCGCCAACCCGGCGAACAUGGUAUGGGGGCACUGUGCGAUUACCGAUAACGUACAGAUCAAGUGACUUUGGGACGGGGCGGCGAUUUUGCCAUCUGGGCGUUGCAAAGAAGACCGAAUUUGACUUGCAGACGGUUUUCGAUCCAAAAUUUCGAAUACUUGCAGUAAGGGCGACGAUGGCAAAGACCGGACCAAGCAAGCCGUCAAUAGAUGCUACAGUUCCCUGGGUCUCUUUUUGACCUUAAUUCAUUUUUUCUGUCUCUGUCAUUCGCACAGCCCACUCCAGGUGUCAAAUGCUGAUCUCCAGCCACAGUGAGAAUCUCGUGGCGCCUCAAGUAUGGUUUAGUAGCGAAUCACAAACCAUGACCCCUCCCCGAGUUUGGGGAGCUUCCAUCUGCUGCGGCCCACAUGACUCGGCCUUGACUGUUCCUCGUCUGUUUCGCCAUGGAAACGGCCGGUUGAAUAGAGCAACAGGGUCCUGCAUGCGGCGCGCCACAAUAAUGCUCCAUAUUUUUUGUUUUCGUUUUCGUAUGUGUUGUAUUUCUAGCUGAGCGAUGCUCCAAAUGUGCUGCACAACAAGCUUGUACUGCAAGGCUCGUAAGGUAAUCGUCUCUAUAGGUUGCGCGCGUAGGCAGCGCGAUGCUCGCGUAUAGGUAACGAUGCGCGUCUCUAUUGAUUGUUUGAUUGUGUCGUCAUCCAUGAAAAACAGCAGUUCGAGACAAAAAGACAGGACCAACAACACGUGAGAUCCGCCGUACACAAGCAUGUGUGCUGCGUACGUAAUUUGGAACUUGGAGGGACAAGGUCGGUUGCAGCACAAUCUUCACCUGUGUACACACACACGUCGUGGCAAUGAGAACGGUCGAUACUUUUCUUGUAAUGGUUCACAUCUAACACGUACGGCAGGCGUAGU